GCGGGCAAAGGCUUGGAGCUUCGGUCGCGGCCAGCCGUUGAGGCAGUAGAAAAAAACUAAUGAAUUAAAACUUUUUGAAUUCAAAUAAGUGAAGUGAAACAUGCCAGCUGAUUCGGACCUAAUCCUUCCAGUUGGGGAAGAGAGAGGCGAUGAUGGGCUGUUCAAGUCGCUCUUUGAUCGGUCGAAACAUGAAGAUUUCCUUCGGAGAGCUGUGGAUUUGCUGAUGGAAAGGGUGGUGUUCGGAAGGUCGUCGAGAACUUCAAAGGUGGUGGAGUGGACCGUGCCCGAGGAUAUCAAGAAAGCGAUAGAUUUGAAGCCGAGGGAUGGACCGAUGUCUCAUGAUGAGCUGCUGGGGGUCAUGGCCGAUGUAGCUCGUUACUCCGUGAACACCGCGCACCCAUACUUCGUGAACCAGCUUUUCUCUUCAGUGGACCCGUACGGCCUGAUCGGGCAAUGGCUGACCGAUGCUCUGAACCCGAGCGUUUACACUUAUGAAGUGGCUCCAGUCUUUACCCUCAUGGAAGAGGAGAUCCUUCGGGAGAUGAGGUCCAUAGUCGGUUGGUCGGAGGGCGAUGGCAUUUUUUGCCCAGGCGGCUCCAUCGCUAAUGGCUACGCGAUUAGUUGCGGCCGCUACUUCUUCUAUCCGGAGAUUAAGAGCAAAGGCGUAUACGCUGUCCCGAGGCUGGUGCUCUUCACGUCAGAACUAGCCCAUUACUCCACACCCAAGAUGUCAGCUUUCAUGGGCAUCGGCAACGACAACUGCGUUCUCGUCAAAGCUGACAAAUAUGGAAAGAUGGACGUGACAGAUUUGGAACAGAAGAUCAAUGAAGCUAUAGAAGAUGGAGCGACCCCAUUCAUGGUGACGGCCACUUCUGGCACUACAGUUUUUGGCGCGUUCGAUCCUUUGGUGCCAAUUUCAGCACUCUGCAAGAAGUAUAAUCUGUGGCUGCAUGUCGACGCUGCUUGGGGAGGCGGUGCUUUGAUGUCAAGGAAACACAGACAUCUAUUGAAUGGAAUCGAAAUGGCCGACUCGGUGACGUGGAACCCGCACAAAUUGCUGGCCGCUCCGCAACAAUGCUCCACCUUCUUAAUUAGACACAAGGACAUCCUGAAGCAUGGGCACUCAUCAGAAGCCAAGUACCUCUUCCAGAAGGACAAAUUCUACGACACCAGUUACGAUACGGGAGACAAGCAUAUUCAGUGCGGACGACGCGCGGAUGUCCUCAAAUUCUGGUUCAUGUGGAAGGCGAAAGGAUCUGAUGGAUUCGAAAAACACAUCGACACUCUUUUCGACAAUGCAAGCUAUUUCCUAGAGCACAUUCGGCAAAGAGACGGGUUCAAACUGGUCUUGGAAAAUCCUGAAUGCACUAACAUUAUGUUUUGGUACGUGCCCCCUUGUCUGCGCGGCUGCGAAAACGACUCCGACUUUAAAGAAAGGCUCCACAAGGUCGCGCCGAAGAUUAAAGAGCGAAUGAUAAAGGAAGGAAGCAUGAUGGUCACGUACCAGCCACAAGGUGACCUCGUGAACUUCUUCCGCAUCGUUUUCCAAAACUCUGCGUUGGACCACAAGGAUAUGGUCUACUUCGCCAACGAAUUCGAAAGGCUUGGCAAAGAUAUCGUUGUUUAAAAUAUCGGCAGCACUGUAAUUAUAACAUAACUAUUUUAUAAAAAUAAUUUAUGUGUAAAUUAACAUUAAUUUGUAUUACAAAUAGCAGUUUAGUUUAUGUUUGUGAUGUUUAUGAUAGCAUUUUAGGCUAGAUGAUAACACACAAUAUUAACCACUGUUGGUUUAUUGCCCAGUGAUAGUUUUAUGUUUAAAGUUUUAUU